CUGCUGUCCCUGGCAACAGUCAUGCCUAGGGGUCAGAAGAGUAAGCUGCGUUCCCGAGCCAAACGCCAGCAGGCCCGUGAUGAGACCCAGGGCCUCAGGGGUGCUCAGGCCACUGCAGAGGAGGAAGUGGAGUCUCCCUCCUCCUCUCCUCUUGACCAGGGUUCUCCCCCCAGCUCCCCUGCUGCUGGCAGUAGCCAGGUGUCUCAGAGAGCCCCACCCACUAGCUCUCCUGGCACAGGUGAUUCCUGCGAAAGUUCUGAAGGAGGUGCCCCAAAUGCUGAUACAGGUGCCCAGGAGAGAAAGCCAGGCAACUCCCAGGCAGCGGCAGCAGGCUCCACUCAGAGCUCACGCAGAGAUCCUCUCACCAGGAAGGCCAGUCUGUUGGUGCAGUACCUGCUGGAGAAGUAUAAUACCAAAGAGCCCAUCACACAGGCAGAUAUGCUGAAGGUGGUCAACAAGAAGUACAAGGAGUACUUCCCUGAGAUCCUCAGGAGAACCUCUGAGCGCAUGGAGCUGGUCUUUGGCCUUGAGAUGAAGGAAGUCAAUACGAGCAGUCACUCCUAUGUCCUUAUCAGCAAGCUAGGGCCGUCCACUGAGGGAACUCUGAGUGGCACUAGGGGCUUGCCCAAGACCGGUCUCCUGAUGACCCUCCUGGGUGUGAUCUUCAUGAAGGGCAACCGUGCCACUGAGGCAGAGAUCUGGGAAUUCCUGAAUGUGUUGGGGAUCUAUGCUGGGAGGAGGCACUUAAUCUUUGGGGAGCCCCGGAAGCUCAUCACCAAAGAUUUAGUGCAGGAAAAGUACCUGGAGUACCGCCAGGUGCCUGGUAGUGACCCUCCCAUCUUUGAGUUCCUGUGGGGUCCCAGAGCCCAUGCAGAAACCAGCAAGAUGAAGGUCCUGGAGGUUUUGGCCAAGAUCAAUGAUACCAACCCUAGCUCCUUCCCCAGUCUAUAUGAAGAGGCUUUGAGAGAUGAGGAGGCCAGAGCAGUGGAGAAAGCUGUGGGGAGAAUGGGCACUGCUGCCAGGGCCAGGGCCGUUUCCAAGGCCCUGCCCCGCAGAUCCUCCCGCAUCUAG